AUGAGACGACAUCAUUUUAUCGCGUUAUUUUUAACACCAAGUUGUUGUAGUCGUUCUUCCUUACUAUUAUUACCAGUGACUAUGGUAAUACCGCGUAGAUUUGAGCGCCUUCCCUCUGGGCGAGUGCGGCUACCUAGGAAGGAGUCUAGUCUCUCUUCCACUUCUUCUUCAUCUUCGUCAGAGCAUGGAUCUACUGGGAAAGUAUUUGUGAACACCACUGGAAUGCCCGUUGGGGAAGUAGAGGAAGGUCGUCGUGGAUUUCUUGGUUUUGGUUCACGUGCUGGGCGUAAAAUGCCGCUUAAUCCUCUUGCAGCUUUAAAUCCAGAGAUUCGUGAUCCCAGUGAAGACCGAAGCACCUCUCGAUUUUUACUUGCGUUACAACAGUUGAAUGGCAAGCGAAGAAGUCGAGAACAAAAGAUGACAUUACAACUUUCAGCAGAACAAAAACACGAUAUAGUUAAUCGAUAUGCACAAACUCGUUGGUACGGAUUUUUGUGGUAUCCUGCUAGAAAUAUAACAGAGCGACAAUUUAAGUGGUGGCGUCGCUUUGCUCACCUUGCCCUCAUUGUGCUGAUGUUGUUUGGUUUAUUCAUCGCACUAUUGCUUUACUACCGUGAAAUGGAAACGGUACUUUUGCUGAGUCCUGAAGAUCGCCGUGAUUAUCAACAUAUAGUUUCUGGUAUGAGGUAUAGCGAGAUUUACCACCUUGCCAUGGAUGUUUUACAAAAGGAAGAUCCACUGGAAGCAUUACCGGCACCGGCGCGGUAUCAUUUAAUUCUUGAAGCUGCUAGGGAAAAAGGAUGGCAUCAGAUAGAUUGGGAACUUGAGGCGCGUACACGGUAUCCAUAUUCCCCAUUAGAUGAAAUGGAUUUUAUUCACAUGUUUUAUUGGGGAGUAAUUUACAUUGGCUCUGUAUUAACUGGGGGUGGAGAACUUUUCUCAGACCGUUUUGGCAAUCUAAUGGAUGUCAAGGGAGAAUAUAGACGGCGCGAGAUGGAAGAGAGUUUCGUGGAACACGGCCCAAUGCUUUCCUCCUCACACAAAAGCGAAGAAAGGGGAUGA